AUGAUUAGAAGCCGGCUUGAAAAAUUAGCACGGGUUAAGAAACGGCAGCGUUUAGAAGAUUCUUCGAUUAAUCAGACUUCGUCCUCGCAUCAAGGCAAUUUGGAAAACAACGAAAAUCAAGUCAACGUAAGCAGCGAGUCUGAUAAUGCUGAUUCCGAUUCUGAGUUUGUUUUUAUUGUUUUUAUUUCUAGUUUGUUUUUAUUUACCGGUUCUUUUUUACUUAUUUUUGUUGAUUCUAGUUUAUUAAUUUUUUAUGUUUAUAUUUGA